AUGUCGACGGUUGUCAUGAGAGUGGAUCUUGAGUGUGAGAAGUGCUACAAGAAGAUCAGGAAGGUCCUCUGCAAGGUCCAAGACAAAGUGAGCAUCAGGACCAUCUCCUACGACGAGAAGAACAGCACGGUGACGGUGUCCGGGCCCUUCGACGGCGAGGAGGUCGCCGACAGGCUCACCUCCGACGCCGGCAAGGUCAUCACCGACAUACACGUCAUCGGGGGCUUCGGCGGCUUCGGCUUGGGUGGAGGCGGAGGCGGAGGCGGAGGCGGAGGGAAACAGAAGCACGGCGCCGCCGCCGCCCCAGGCAAGGCGCCCAAGCCAGGGAAGGCCAACGGCAACGGGCACGGCCAGGGCCAGGGACAUGGCAAUGGCGGGCACGGCGGCGGCGGAGGCCAUGGCGGGCUCGGUGGUGGCGGCGGCGGCAAGACGGAGAAGAAGCACGUCAAGUUCGACGACAUGGACAUGGACAUGGACGACGACGACUUCGACCUGGACGACAUGGACGAGCCGGCCGGGCGCCACGCGCACAGCGGGCACGGGCACGGGAACGGUGGCGGCAAGCCGAAGAUCAUCAGGACCAACACCCCCAUCGCGGCGCGGCUGGAGGCGCCCCGCACCGGCCCGGCGAUGUCGAUGGCCGCGGCGGCGCCCGUGAGGAUGCCGAUGCCGGCGAUGGGGCCAAUGCCACAGCAGCAGGUUCAGCACGCGCAGGGCAUGGGCGUGCCGUCCAUCUGGCCAGCCGCCCCCGAGUUGGGGUACAGCACGCAGCCGUACGGCAGCUACAGCGGCCCGCCUGCCGGAGGGUACUACGGCGGCGGCGGGCCCGCCGCGGCAUACGGCCCCGCCGGGCACUGGCCGUACGGCGGCUACGGCCGGAACCCGUACGCGCAGCAGCAGUACUACGAGGAAGAGCCCAGCGCUGGGUGCAGCGUUAUGUGA